AUGUCCUCGACUGUCACACCCAUCAUAGGAUACCAAGAAGUCUCGGGAAAGUGUACGCUGCCCGAAAAGCUUGUAUCAAAGAAGGAGAACGAGAUUUGGUUGAUUCAUGCUCCCGUCGAUUUUCCUGAUACGGAAGUAGAAAAAAUAAAGAUGGAUUUGAAGGACGAUAAAGGUAUUGCAAUUCGUGUUUUUACGACUUUGUAGCUGUUUCUGAAAUUAAAAUUGGAGAUAGGACGUUCGUGGUGACGCAGGGAGAUAAUGAGGCUCUUUGUCAAGUCUUCUUUUGCUACAAGGAUGCUAAGAAGGGAGUGAUUCCAGGUUGUCAUCCAAAUCAGCCAUAAUUUGUAGGUCGACCCUUUACUCGCGAGAUCAUUAUCACAGAGAAGUUCAGCAACGAGGUGACCCAUGCCACAUUUGAUGGAGAGGGCCAUGAUAUCAAGAAGGUGGAGCAGCUCACUGGACUGAAGGUCCGUUACUUGCCUCCUGGAGCUGUGGUAGUGGAAGACAAAAAGCCUGCAGAACGUGCAAAGCCUGCAAAGCCUGCAAAGGCUGAAAAGGCUGAAAAGGCUGAAAAGGCUGAAAAGUCCGCCAAGCCUGCAGAGCCUGCAAAGCCUGCAAAGGCAGAAAAGAAGAAAGAGAAGAAAGAGAAGAAAGAGAAGAAGAAGGCAGCGAAAUAAGCAGUUUGAUUACAUUUAGAA